AAUGUGUUUUGUGGAAAUCUAUUAUGGAAAAUUUCACGAUGGAACAACGCGUAAAAAUCAUUGAAUUUUAUUUCGGAAAUCGGCGCUCCAUUGUUCUAGCACAGAGAGCAAGCACGCACUGUUUCCACGUCAGGAGUCCACCCACAGCGCCAGCCAUACAUCACUUUGCUCAGCGAUUGCAGCAGCAGGUUCUGUUAGCGAUCUCCGCAAGCCAGGAGGUCAUGUUUGGAACCUAACACAACGGGAUUUCGCGCGGCAGUGCCUUCGGGAAGCACCAAGAACAUCCACCCGAAGACGUUCUGGCGAACUUGGAGUCUCACAGGCUUCGCUGCAGCGCAUGCAAACAAAUUUACACGAGGACCACCCUGCCGGUGUGGCUCCGUGGUUGAGCACAGACCUAUGAACCAAGAGGUCACUGGUUCGAUUCCCCGUCGGUGCUCUUUGAAACAACUUUUUAAAAACCUUAAAUCAGUUUUGUUUUUUUUUUUCCCCUCCCUGGCUGCUUGAAGAUUAACUUUCAUCAUGAAUGACACAGUAACUAUCUGGACCAGGAAGUUCAUGACCAACAGACUACUUCAGCGGAAGCAAAUGGUCAUUGAAGUCCUUCACCCAGGGAAGGCAACAGGACCCAGGACAGAAAUUCGGGAAAAGCUAGCCAAAAUGUGUAAGACCACACCUGAUGUCAUCUUUGUGUUUGGAAUCAAAAUCCACUUUGGUGGUGACAAGACCACUGGCUUUGGCAUGAUUUUUGACUCCUUGGAUUAUGCAAAGAAAAAGGAACCCAAACACAGACUUGCAAGACACAGCCUAUAUGAGAAGAAGAAGACCUCAAGAAAACAGAGACAGGAACGCAAGAACAGAACGAAGAAAGUCAGGGGGACUGCCAAGGCCAAUGCUGGUGCUGGCAGAAAGGAGUCAAGAUUCCUGUGACUUUCUCUGUGGUUAUUGUGCAGGUUUUUCAUGAGAGGAUUAAUAAACUAAACUUUUAUGUUUAAAAAAAAAACCCACAAAAACCUUAAACCACAUAAAUACAUAGAAAUAGGAAACUUUUUAAGACACAUUAAUUUAUUGAAAUAAGAUGUAGUCAUUAAAGAUGCAGGGGAGAGAGACUUCUGAUUGCGGCUAGAACAGGGGAACUGGUACUGAACAUUCCCUCUUAUCACAAGUAAUUGCUGUUAGUAAUAAUGGAGAGAAAUGGUGCGCCUGCGCAUAGGUUCGUAAGGGAAAUUAAUG